CUGGCAGAACUGGGUGAAUAUUUACGGAAGUAGCAACCCAGAAGUGGUUUACAUGAGAAAUACAGCACUUUGCCCACUUUUUUCUUGGUAACAUGCUAAUAUGCAGACAGAGGAGCAUGAUUCUGGUCUAAAGGCUGGUUUGUUGAAAUCUUGUGGGACAUGUCGUGUUCUUGUCGGUGUGACGGGAAGUGUUGCAGCCCUGAAACUGCCUGUGUUGGUAUCCCAGCUUCUUCAGCUCUCUGGGGUGGACGUAAGAGUAGUCACUACCGAACAUGCCAAGCACUUCUACAAUCCUGCAGAGGUCUCAGUAAAAGUCUACGAUGACAAGGAUGAGUGGGAGCUGUGGACUCAGAGGUCUGACCCUGUGUUGCACAUUGAGCUAAGGCGCUGGGCAGACCUUUUUGUCAUUGCCCCCCUUGAUGCCAACACUCUUGGAAAAAUUGCGAAUGGAAUUUGUGACAAUCUCCUGACAUGUGUGGUGAGAGCCUGGGAUACCAGUCGCCCUCUCCUCUUCUGCCCUGCCAUGAAUACAGCCAUGUGGCAGCAUCCCAUCACAGCCCAGCAGGUGUCCAGGCUCACAGAGUUUGGAUAUGUGGAAAUCCCCUGCAUUGCUAAGAAGCUAGUAUGUGGAGAUGAAGGUGGGUUUUCAGUAUAAUACAAACGCUAAAUAUAUUAAAUGUGUACAUGACAUCAC